AGCGGAGGAGUGCGGUGGGUUUAGCGCUGCUGCUCCGCGGUCUGAGCGCCGUUCCCACACACAGUCUGCAGAUCAGCGCUACAGGAAAAGAGACUAAAACACACCGCGGCCGCCUGUCUGACUCAGACCCAGGCUGCUCCGGAACGGCGCGGGCGCGUCUUUCUCCUUCUUUCCCGGAGUGUUUUGGUACUUGUUCUGGAGGCGGAGGCCGAGGCCGGCGGUGGAUGCGAGGCCGCGGGCAGCCUUCCCGCUUCGGCCCGGAGAAAGCAGCCUCAGCCCGGGGAGCUCGACGGCCACGCCGGCGUCGCUUCGGAGCCCGGCUCGGAGCCUGAAAAGCUGCGUUUAGGCCUCUUCAAGUCGGGUUUGUAGUGCGGACUCUGUUUUUAAUCACCCGUCGUCUCCUUAAUGCCCUCGGAAAGGACUUUUCUGAGCUUUUUUGAAGGUUUAACUGUGUUAAAAAAGUCGUCGAAAAAUGCAACAGGAGAGAAGAGGAAGAGCGACGGUGACGCACAGGCUAACGGCAGCUAGCGCUAAAAUCUGAGAGAAGCUCGUCCAGGUUUCCUCUGCUGCGUUUCUGGGGCGAAGUAGCGCGUUAGUCUUAGUUUUUAAACAUUUUUGGGUCGUAUUUGGUGCCUGGCUGGUGCUCACAGACCCUGUUUCAGACAUGUCUAAGAUGCCGGCGAAGAAAAAGAGCUGUUUUCAGAUCACCAGCGUGACUCAGGCUCAGGUGGCCGGCAGCGGCCAGCCUGACGACACGGAAAGCCUGGACGAUCCGGACGAAUCCCGGACUGAGGACAUUUCUUCAUCCGAGAUCUUUGACAGUGUGUCCCGGACCGAGCUGGAGGCGGGCACCGGCGAACGCAGCUCGUCCGAGGAGACUCUGAACAACGUGGGAGAAUCCGAGGGUCCUCCUGCUUCUCACAAGCCGGGAUUGUUGGCUCCUUCCAACGGAGGCGUGGGGCCUAGGGAACUGGGAACCUUAUCUGGUGGAGCCUUGCCUGGGAGCUUACAUUCACCUGGAGUCGUGGGCUAUCAAGGGCCACAGGGGCCUGUCCAGUCGUCCCAGUUGCCCCAGGUAUCCCAGGUGACCCAGUCAUCAUCCUCCUCCACCUCCUCUGGGGCCUUCAGUUCUCGCUUCAGGCUUAUCAAACUUGACCACAGUACUGGAGAACCCUUCAAGAGAGGCAGGUGGACCUGCACGGAGUAUUAUGAAAAAGACCCUGAUGUGGGCAGUAGUAGAACUGUGGACAGUAUAAGGCACACGAAUGUGAGCGUGGUGAGUGAGCAAGGCACGGACAGAGAUAGAGACAGUGGGCUCGGGGCCACAAUAGGAUCCGUGACCCGCCCUUCUGGCCUCUCUGGUCAGGGGGACGAGCCGCCCGCCCUCGACCCAUCCUUGCUCCAUGGGUCUCUGCAUCCUUUCGAGCAACAUGGUUAUGGUAUUGUGCCACAACAGGUGCCUCCUGGCUCUGGGACGGUGACCUCUGACGCCCUCGGUAGCAAACAGCAGCAUCAGGCCCCUGCAGGCCCUGGUUCUCAUGUCACCAACGUUCCUCACAGCCUUCUCCCGCCCGGGCACAAUGGGUUGCAGCAAGGCGGUCAUCACGUUCAGAAGCAGCUUGGAGUUGCACCAACAAUUUCUCAGCAGCAGACAAUGCUCUAUCAGGCCCAACAGCAGCAGCAGCAGCAGACACAGCAGCAGCAGUUACCUCUUGGACAUCACCUGCCCAACCAGCCGGGCCUAGCCGAAUACGCACAGCAGCAUCUGCCUCUGACUGUCGCCCAAACACAUCCCGGUGCUAGCUUGUCUGUGGUUCACCCAGCCAGCCAGGGGCCUUCACCCGUCCCAACUCCAGCAGCGGGGGGCAUGCCUGUGUUGGGUGUUCCUGGGGAUAUGACGGGCAUGCCUGUUCCUUUACCAGGGGGCCAGCCUGGGCCUUCAGUUUCAAACCUGUUGCCCCAGCUUGGGGCAGGAAUGAUUAGUGGAGUGAGCGCUAUUCCUACAGGACAGUCAUCAGUUCAGUUGGGACAGUAUCCACCCUCAAGUAUGGCAGUGCCUCCACAGAACGCCCAAACGUUGCCAGCAGUGCCCACAUCAGCUGGGAUGGGCGGUGCGCCCGUUACGGGUGGGCACUCCCCAAUGCCAGCCAGUGGAGGCGUGCCUGUACCCAUGCCCAAUGCAAGCUCGUCUCAAGCCCAAGUGACCCGCAACGCAGCAGCCGUGGGUGGGUUCGGCCAGCUGGAGGAGGGCCGGAGGAAAUCGGACGUUCUGGCCCAGGUUCCUCUGAUGCCUGGGAAAGAUCUGGGCAAGCCCCUGAUCACGGAGGACCUGCCUUUGGCCACCCCUGGAGUGAACAGCCUGUUUGGAAUAACCAUCCCUAUUGAUGGGGAUGAUGACAGGAACCCUUCUACAGUUUUCUACCGAGCCUUCCAGCCAGGCAGUAGGCUGCGCGACUCGAAGCCUCUGGGCGAUAGUGCCUCUGGAGCAAGUGUCGUUGCCAUUGAUAAUAAAAUAGAGCAAGCAAUGGAUCUGGUGAAAAGCCAUCUGAUGUACGCGGUGCGAGAGGAGGUGGAGGUUCUGAAGGAGCAGAUUAAAGAGCUGUACGAGAGGAACUCUGUGCUGGAGCGGGAGAACGCUGUGCUGAAGAGUCUCGCCAACAACGAUCAGCUCUCUCAGCUUUCCUCCCCUGCCUCCAACCCCAGCAACAACCCCAGCAACCCCAGUACAAACCCCAGCAACCCCGGCAGCACUCCUUCACAGCCUCUGCCUCAGUUCCAGCCUGAGAUCAGCCAAGCCAUGAGCCCGCCGCUGCAGCCGCUCCCGCCGCAGCCCAGCGUCACCUCCGCUUAGAGCUCCGCCCCCUUACCUUCCUCACCGCAUAAUCCGCGGGGGGGGGGGGGGAAGAAACAUCCUCAAAUUACAGGGGUACUUCAGUAUUUUUCUAAACCUAAUCUGAAUUGUUGCAGAUGAGAACAGAAGCCUGAAGCCAAAAAAAAGGGUUUUCAGCCUUUUUUCCAAAUUCUGCACAAAAAAAAAUAUAUAAAAAUACAAUCAAAGCGUUAAAACCACGGUCGACAUCAUCUGCACCAGAGAUUAUGUUAAAAAGUAUUGAAGCAUCUCAAAAUAUAUUCUAUUAUGAUGAAAAUAAUACAAUAAAAAAAAAAAUUGUCUUGUUCACCACCAGCUUGGAAAAAGCAAAACGUCAAAAAAAAAAGAGAAAAAAUCAACGAGCAGUGCUUCAGUGUGUGUCCGUGCUGUCAGCCUUCCCCGUGUCAGGAUGGACCAGUGACCAGUGAGGUCGGAGGAUUUUAAUGUUUGCCAGCAAAAGGGGCGGAGCCGAAUGAUUUAGAAGUGUUUUUUUUUUUUGUUCAUUUUUGUUUUUUUUUUUAGUAAAAAAAAAAAAAAAGAAUCCAGCCAUGAGAAGGGUUUAUUUUUUAGCGUUGCUGUUUUCAAGCAAGAGUCUAUUUUUCAGAGCCACCAUUGCUUAACUUCCACAACAUGAUAUGAUGAUGAUAAUGAUUAUAUAUAUAAAUAUAUAAAUAUAUAGAUAUAUAUUUUCUUUUUUUUUUUGUCUUUUUUUUUUUUAUUCACCAGUCAGUUUGCAUUGUACUGUUAUUUAUUAGAGGGCUGCUAUGGUUCAGAUCCUGACAGGUUAGAGAGAAGGAGCCUUUAUUCUUCGUUCCAGUCCAUCAUUCAUAUUCAUCUGUAAACUCUUCAUAAUAAAGGGGCGGCAUGUGGUUCUGUGAGAACCUCCACUAUUGGUUCCUUAGAGAAGCGUGUUUAUAAUAUAGAAGGUUUGUGAACGUGAAGAACCUUUUAUUAACGAUCUAAAGAAACUUUGCGUGGUGGAGUGAAGUAAAGUAGAAGAAAGUUAAUGGUUUUUCCCUCACUGUAGCAGAUUUCUAUUACAUCUCUAUUACAGAUUAUAAAUAUGAUGAUUCUAGAACCCUUGGUUCUGUGUAGAACAGUUUGUAGUAGAGAUGUAAGGUGUAGGAACCUUUUAAAAAAGAAGGUCUGAAAGGCUUCGAGUGGUCCAGCGGUCUGAAGCGCUGCCACUAUGAUCGGGGUCGAGAUCGACAGUUCGAAUCCUGGUCAUGCAGCUUGCCAUCAGCUGCCGGAGCCCCAAGAGAGCACAAUUGUCCUUGCUCUCUCUGGGUGGGUACAGUACAGUAAAUGCACUCGCUCUUUCCCCUCAUCACUCCUAGGGUGAUGUGGAUCAGCACAAGGCUGCAUCUGUGAGCUGAUGUAUCAGAACCACAGCGUUAGCGCUGCUGUGAUGCUAUUGAGCUUCUGGUGUUGGGGAAUUACUAGUGAUAAAAGGGGUGCUAAUGAGUGGGUUGGGUAAUUGGCCUUUUAAAUUGGGGAGAAAAUGUAAUAAAAAUGUUAUAAGAGAGAUUUAUCAAAAUUCGGUCUCAAAGAUCUUUUUAUUUAAAGGUUUUAUCAAUGUUUUUUUUACACUUCUCUAUUAUAAAUAUACUUCUCUAUGGAACUGUGUGUUAAGAAUCUUAUAUUAAAGAUCUAAAGAUCUUAAAGAGUCACUUCACUUCAUAUAAACGAUUCUUUCUGCACAAGUUUGGAACCGAAGUGGUAGUUCUCCUGUCUCUACCUUUAUUUUUAAGAUUGUAAUUGUAAUUGUAAUUGAGGCAGUAAUUGGCCAUGGAUAUUUAGCGCAGUAGAACGGACGCGACGAGGCAGUUCAAACACUAACGGCAGUUUUACCUCUAAGCUGAGAAUGUGAAGGGGUUAAGACCUGGGAUGAAUGUACAUUAUAUUUGUAUAGAGCGCAAAGCAUGAAGAGAGAGCAUGCGGGGGCGGGUUGAGGCUUUCCCAGCGAAAGAAUGAAGUCUUCACUCCUGCCGCCAGUAUGCUGAAAAUACACACCGUAAAAAUAUAAAAAAGCAAAUCGCCAUGCUCUCGCACCCCUAAACCCCCUGUACCCCCUGACCCUGAUGGUUUUGUGCAUAGGUUUCUUUUCUUUCAGGUUGGGAUGGGGAUUACAAAGCUGUGAAAAUCGUUUCAACCUACUUUGUAACCAAAGAUGCGAAGCAGUGUAACUCGAGCUUUUUUUUUUUUUCUCUAUUUUUAUUUUUUGUUUGUUUUUAUGCACAUUCUAUGAUUAUUUUUUUUUUACUUCCUCCUUCACUGUUUAUUUUGUUUUUUUUUUUGUCAUUGCUUUUUAGCAUGUUCUGCAUGAUCUGUAAUAUUUUUUUUGUCGAACCACUUUCUUACCUCAUAUUUGUAUUCAGCACUCUUAUUGUAAGAUAGCAGGCUGUGAACAAUGUAAAAUAAAAAAAAAUGGGUGGAAGAGACGCGGAGGUGGCGGAGACGAGAAAAAAAAACAAACUAGUGUUUCUGCACACUAGCCGCAGAAAAAAAAUGAAGUGAGCCAUGUUUUGUUCAUUUAAAUGGUGUUGGAAUUUCAUAUGCCAAUAGUUUUGUUACAUUGCAAAAUUUUAAUGUAUUUAAAUAAAUGCAAUAUUCAAAUUCCA